CCAAGCAUCGAUCUUUCAAAUCCCGAGAAUCGUCCUACAAAGUGUCAAAGAAUUGAAAUCAAUGAGAAAUUUGAUAUUCAAUCCUUAGAACGUGAUCCGGGACUGAGACCUCCAAUAUGGAAAUAUCCAGUAGAAAAGCGUGAUGAAGUGCGUAGAGCUUACAUCAAGGCCGGUCCAUAUCAAUGCAUCCUUUCAGAGUAUCCAAAAUCUGAAAAAAAAACAUCGCCGGAGCUUUCAACCUUCAUGGUUUAAGUUAUUUCCAUCUUGGUUAGAAUACUCUCCGAGUGCGGAUGCUGUUUAUUGUUUACCGUGCUUUUUAUUUCAUACUGAACAUGGACCUCCAGGAUCUAAUGCUUUUACAAUUGUUGGUUUUCGAUCUUGGAAGAAAGUUAGAGAUGGAAUAAAUUGUUCACUUUUGGCUCAUAGUGGAAAAGAUCUCACUUCUCCUCAUCGAAAUGCUGAAAAAUCUUGUGCAGCCCUCAUGAAUCAAGAAUCUCACAUUGCACAAAGCAUUGCAAAGUUCACUUCUCAAGAAGUUGCUGAAAAUAGGCUUCGCUUGAAGACAUCAAUUGAAGCAAUUAGAUGGCUUGCAUUUCAAGGAUGUUCUUUACGAGGUCAUGAUGAGUCAACAACCUCAAGUAAUCGAGGAAACUCAAAAACCUCAAAUAGGGUCACCACAACUUUUCAUAACAAUCGUCCUACUCCGUAUUAUAAUCAACUUUUCGGUUUCUUUUACUUCUUUUCACAAGAAGCUUUGCUAAAAUAUACGGAGUAUGUCAUCUGCCUGGAAAUCAGCUGCUACACUAAAUCACCGGCUUGGACAACAUCAUCUACACGAAAUCAUCAGCUGAUUCCAUUCUCGGAGCUUGUCUUUGGUCUUCAACGGUGAAGGAUUUGGAAGAGUCAAAACAAGAUCAGUUAUUGCCAAAAGCUUUAGUACAGGAGUAAGGCUACGUAUAUUCAAGAUGUUUUCUUUUGGUAAGAAAUUUGCCAGUCUGGUUUGGUCUGAACUGAUCUAGUCUGGUCUGGUCCGGUAAACGUCUAGUCUCUGUGUAUUUUAUAACUACGGAAGUCUGGUCUGAUCUGGUCUGGUCCUGGACAGAAAACAGUCCAAAAGAAAAUAUCAGCAAUCCCCCUACCCCACCAUAUGUGGGAGACUUUUCGGCAUUGGGAUAAUGAUGAUAAUGAUGAAUAUCAUGUAUCGAUUCAUGUUAGCUGACUCCAAAAUAUCUUGGGGUUAAGACUUGAAUGUUUUUGAAGAAGAAAAAGUUUUCAGUGAGUAACUUUCUAUGCCAUGUAGAAUUGGUUCCUUGUGUAUUAUUUCUACAAUGUCGUUCGGUUAUUAUUGUUAUAACUUAUAUUAUUAGUAAUUAGUACUAUCUCCUUCCCAUUUUAUGUAUCUCUUUUGGUUUUGACACAA